AUGACAAGGAGCGACAAGCUGUCUCUUUGGGAAUGUAGACGGGCGCCGCGGCUGCUUGUGGGUCUGCUGGUGGCGCUGCUGCUGGCCACGCCCUCCCAGAGCAACCUGCCGCUGAUCGACCUCUCGACGCAGAUGCGCGCCCUGCUGGUGCCCAGCGACGCGCCCGUCGGCUCCGUCGUGUACCGCGUGCUCGCCACUGACUCCGACACGCGCUGCGACUACCCCCUGCACUUCGACAUCACCAGCGCGCCCGCGGAGGGCAGUGACCCAGUGCUGCGCGCCGAGGACGUGCCGUGCACGUGCGCCGACAAGGCGUGCCGCGCCAACGUGGUGCUGGCGCGGCCGCUGGAGGCGGGGCGCAUCUACGAGCUGCGACUGCGCGUGCGCGACACCACGGGAGACGCCACCACCGUGCCGUCCAGCGUGCGCGCCACCAACGCCACCACGCCGCUCCAAACCAUCUUCCCGCACGUGCCCACGCUCGUCAUGGUGCCCGAGGACACCAAGCCAGGAACGGCGAUCGAAUACGUCCUCGUAACGAAUCACCCUAAAUGGAAAAUCCAUCCGGUGCUGGAGAUAUGGGGCUCUCCACUGUUCAGCCUGGGGAAUACCUCUCUGGAGUCUGCGUCGACCAUCAAGGCGGAUAUCAUACUCGCUGGGGAACUCGACUUCGAGAAGCAGACGAUGUACAUGCUAACCGUGAUGGCAAUGAACGCCUACGCGGACCCUGAGCUGGACACGCGCAACGUGGCGACGGCGAGCGUCGCCGUGGCCGUGCUCGACGUGCAGGACUCGCCGCCCUACUUCACGCACGCGCCGCCCCUCACCAGACUCACCAGCGCCGUCAAGCAGGGAGACGCCGUGGUCAGCGUGCAGGCGGAAGACGGCGACCGCGGGCAGCCGCGGGAGAUGCGCUACGGCCUCGUCUCGGAGGGGACGCCGCUGGUCUCCUUCUUCUCCGUCGACGAGCGAUCAGGUGAGGUCCGCCUGCAGAAGCCACUGCGGGAGCUGUUGUCGGUGACGCACGCUCACCAGCCCAUCGUGCUGACCGUGGUUGCCGAGGAGGUGAAGACCGACAUCCAGGAGCCGGCGGCGCUGUCCGCCACCGCAGAGAUAGCGCUGUUGCUUUCGCCACCCGAGAACUCGCCACCGUACUUCGAGACCACGAGAUUUGUGACUCGUAUACCUGAAAACAGCCCUCAAGGGACCACUUUGCAGUUCGAUGACGAAUAUGUGACAGAAAUCAGGGACGAUGACAUGGGUAAAUAUGGCGUGUUUUCCAUUUUCCUGUCGGACAACAUAACAUUCGAAGUGUCGCCUACUGUGGGCGAGCAGAGGGCCAGCUUCCACCUCAGAGUGAGAAACAGCGAGCUGUUGGACUACGAGCAGCGGCACCAACUCAGUUUCCACAUCAUAGCCCAUCAGCUGGGACCAGAUGAAUCAUUAUCUAGUUCGGCAGAAGUCACUGUAUUUCUCAAUGAUGUUAAUGACAAUGCUCCUGUGUUUGACAAAGCAGAAUACCAGGCAGUGGUGAUGGAAAAUAUAUCUGCAGGGUUCUUACUAACUCAGGUGCAUGCAAGCGAUGUGGACACUGGAAUAUUUGGAAGAGUUCGGUACACUCACAUUCUUGGUCUCCACAACAGCUCACUCACACUUGAUCCAGUAAGUGGAGUUGUUCUGGUUGCCACCAGCAAUCAUGGAUUUGACCGUGAAGCUGCUCCUGAGUUUCAUCUGCAUGUAGAGGCUACAGAUAUGGAUGGUGAUGAAAGGGGGAACACAGCCAAUGUUCCACUUAUCAUUCAUGUCCUAGAUGUAAAUGACAAUGCUCCAGUCUUUGAGAAAGAUAUAUACGAAUUUGUCUUGCGACAAGAUCUAAGUGACUUCACUACAAGUGCACAAGUGAAAGCUUUAGAUGGUGAUGCUGAAGCACCUAACAAUGUGGUCCAUUACUCCAUUGACUACAAUACACGGGAUGCAACGAAAUUUCGUAUAGAUAAAAUAACAGGAUUACUGGGACUUCGAGAAUCACUGAGCCACGAAAAACCUACACCGAGGGUAAGGAGAAGUUCCAUCCAAGAUGCAAGCAGCCCAAUUGAAUUUUUCGUGGAAGCACAUGACAUGGGAAGCCCACAACAUCACACACGAUCGUUGGUGCGAGUAUAUCCACCACCAUCACCAACAAAAAUGAUGCAGUUUAUAAUUCCUGGACCACUUCCAUCUGAUCGCGCAGAUAUUGAGAAACUUUUGUCUUCCAUGCUGAGGAGCAGUGUCCGAGUUUGCUCUGUCACACCAUAUGAUGAUCACUUGGAACUUCAGGAAGAAAGAAUGUUUGCUCGACAAGAAUUGGCAAAUAAGACACUGAUUAUAGCAGAAGUGCAAUCAAGUGGUGAAACAGUGGUUGAUAUUAGCAAAAUCGCUUCUGUUUUCAAUACUGGUGGAACAGUGCCAAAGCCAGAACUGAUUACAACAACUGCAGCAACAUCAGAAGUAACUAAAGAAGCUAAAGCUGAAAGUAACUCACUCUUCUGGAUCUUAAUUAUAAUGACAAUACUCCUCCUGAUUGUCAUCAUUAUUCUUAUAUUGUGCUGCAUGUGUGCUGGCUGCCCCCUCUAUAUGAGCCACAGGAAAAAUACUCAAGUGGCAUCUACAGACGAUCAUGUGCAGUUAGUCCUCCAUGAGGAAGGUCGAGGGAAAGACACAAAAGCUGUGCAAGCAGAGCUGAGGGUUCCCACCAGAGAAGCAUGGAGUGCUGAUAUGCGGCAGCACCAGUCCUGGAAAUUCAACAGACGAAAUAACACGAAUCGAGACCAAGGAGAAGAGGACUUCCACUCAUUUAGAAGCCUUCCAGGUCCACAUGUUAUCUACACAAGGGAACUUCAAGCACUACAGCAACAACAUCAAAGAGCUGAGCAUGAUAAAGAUGUUUUUGUAGAAGAUAUCGAAGGCGGUCAGUUAGAAGGUCCACGAGAAUUACGGCUUAAGAAUGAUACUGAUUUAGAUGCUGACUCAAUACGUCGGCAUGAAAUGGAAAGGGGCUCAGAUAUUGGCAGAGGUGGUGCCGAUACACUUGAGCGACAGAGGGUUCUAAGGGACAGGAAAAUGGUUGGCACGCAACAUUUGCAUAAUGCUGAUUUUAAGAAAAAGGAAGCUGCAUAUUCAGAAAGAGCUAAUGACCAUGUACGAAAUCCAGGUGAUGCUGCCUACCACAGAAGUGAUCCCGACCAUGGCACAGUCCAUUUUUCAAAUGCAUACAAUAAUACAGUGUACGUCCAUGGUCAAACAAACAAUUUUGCAACUGAUGAAGUCAUCUUAAGAAGAAUAAACAACUCUGAAACAUCACACCAUAUUCCAGGAGAUCAGCAAACAAGUGAUCCUCAUCAAGUGAAUGAUCUGCAUGGGGCACAUAUAUUGGUAGCUGCUGAUGAAUUAGACUUAAGAAGGUUAACAGAAACUCGGAUACCCGAGGGUUAUCGCCUUAUUUUAGAAAGAACAAGUCCACAAGAUGAUAGUGAUAACAAAACACCGGUGGGAAGGGAACAGUAUUUCAUCCAGGAAGGGAACGCAGAAAUUUUGCGCCUUGUAACACGAGGGCGGUCCGACGAAGAAAAUAUUUCCCUGCAACAUCAAAGGCCUUCAACAUUUCUCCCCGCUACUGAACAACACAUUCGAAUUGAAAAUGGCAAGGAAAUCAUUAUGCAACGCUUCAUGCAAGAUCAACACAACAAUACACCUCAAACUAGUUCAUUACAGCGGGACAAUAUUAAAAUGAAAAAAGAGACGGAGGAACCUACUAGUAGAAGUACUGGUGAAGGAAAUUUAAGUGGAAGUUUACAAACUGUAAUAGCUGCCCAUGAAGUCUGCUUACAAACUGAACAAGUUAACAAUGGGCACAGAGAAAUAACUAGAAAAGGAGAUAUCACUCCACAGCUCCAUGAAAAUGAUAAACAUAUUCAAGAUGAUGUGAGAAUAAGAGCGGGUCACAUUUUACAGCCAUAUUCUGUACUUGGUGGAGCAAUUAGUGAAAGUCAGGAUACACAGAGUUUACCAGCUCAGUACUCCAUGGCUACACAAACAGAUGUCGACAUAGGGACACAAACAGAUCCCCUACCAAGACGUGCCAUAAGUGACAAUGAUGAUUCAUUCACUGAAGAAGAGGAAGACUAUGUGGACUACUCCUCAGUAGUCCUUAUCAAAAAACCUGGCAGUGGAAAAGGAAUUCGGUGGGUCAGAAGGAAUGAAAGCAAGAAAAAAAAUGUCAAGACUGAACAUCAGAAAAAAUUCAAGGAUGGGCAUCAUCCACGUAGAGUUUAUGUGAAGACACCCAUCAUGGAAGAAACGGAGAGUUCUCUAGAACUUGCUGAGCAACACACAUCUGCAGCACAGGCGCCAGAAGAUACUGCAGCUACAAGCAAUUAUACUGAAAACAAGUCUAGUAUGCUUAGACGGCAAAAAAUAAAAAGUAAAAUAUUGUCUAAUGUCUCUGAACAAGAACCAGUGACAACAGAAAGAAAAAAGAAGAAGUCAGAAGUGCUGGAACAUGAAGAGGAAUCAUUAUCAGAUUCUUUAGAAGAACAGUCACUGUCUAGAGACAAAGAUGAUGGGAAUUACAAAAAACAUAGAAGAAAACAUCAGUCAAAACAACAUUUCCAAAGAAACUCCGAGUCUUCAGAUGAGGAUCAUACACCUGAAAAGAAGGAACCAAAUGAACAUGAUAAGGCAUCAUCAAAGGCAAAAGAUAAGAGGGGUACAGGUAAGAAGAUAGAAUUUGAUUCAGAUGUUAGAUUUUACUAUCGAAAAUCAUCCAGCUCUGUUCACAGCAGUCCUGAAAGAUGGAUCCAAGUAAAACCAAACCGACCUAGAAGCAGGUCCCUAUCAAGUCAUCGAGCUACAGAAGAACAAAGUGAAGUAACAGACCAUGAACUACUGGAUAAACUGAAGAGACCAGGUAUGAAAACUGAAAAAAGCUUUAAAGAUAAUGAUGCCUAUAACAGUGGUGAUGCACAAAUGGAGCUUUCUCGUACAAAGUCUACAUCUGAACUUCAAAGAAUAAAGAAAGCUGAGAGUUCAGCAUCACAACAAACAGUCAGAGCCAAGUCAGUGAUGGAUAAAAGACCUGCUCCUGUUACAAAUUCUAGUCAGAAAUUGGAUGUUGGUGGAUCAGCUGUGAGAAAUUCUCGUUACAUGGAUUGGUACAAAACUAAAAAAGAAGAAAGAGAAAGAAAGAAAAAAGAAGAGGAGGAAAAGAAACUAAAUCAGACAAAGAAACGAAAAGUAAAGUCAACUGUUACCAAACAUCCUGACACAAAACAAAUUUCUGAUACUUCCCAAUCCAAAUCAACAUCAGAAGUGGAAGACAAAACAACAACACCUUCCUUGAGCCACAGUGAGAACUCUGAUAAAAUUAAUCCACAGAACCAUGAAGAAAACAAAUCUACAACUCUCAAACAAAAUGAAGUUAAGCCAGAGGAUGACCUCGACUCUGGUAUUGCAAUGUCAUCUCUUUCCACACAAACUCAGGCCAGUGCAACAAACAAGAAACGACGACAUCAGGAACUCCUUGAGAAAAAGAGUGUAUUUGCAAUUGCAUAUAACGAUGUCCAUACUGAGCAACUUAGGCCAGACACUUCCUCACCCUCUUAUUAAUAAAAUUCGUUUUAUCAAACUGUUACAAAGACUUCUGAUGCUGUUAGUGUUUAAUAUUUCAUACAUAGGACUGUAUAAUUUUUUGAGUGGACUAACAACUAUUUUAUGACAGUUCUAUUAGUCUUCCGAAAAAAUGAAAAGUAAUGUAUUUUGAUCUCAUCUUGUAUGACAUAUGUUUCAGAAAUCAGAUUCUUUCAGAUAUAGCUUCCACACUCUGUUGAUAAAUAACUCUUUUCCAGAAUGACAUUUCUAAAAGGUAGUCAUACCUGAAACAAUAGGAUGAUGAUUCCGUAUGUGUAAGAAAAGGAAUCAUCAAAAAAUUCUACUUUAAAUAAUUGACAAUAUGAUUUCCUCAGAGACACAGAACACAAGUUUUUAUGUAUUCUUUUCUGGAACUUCAUAAUGUGCAAUAUGCUAACUUACUACUGAUUCAAAAGAACAAUGAUACGCUAUUUUCUAAGUUUCCUUGUCAAUGGCUCUCGAUAAUGUGUGCAUGGCAAAUCAAGUGACUAGAUAGUCAACGUGAACAUUCCACUUUUAUCCAGAUUUAAACAUAUAAUUUUAACACAAUCCACUUCUAUUAUGUCUUUAUUUUUAUCACUUAUUCUGAU